AAUCAAAGAUGCCCCUCUGAUGUGGUAUAUUUACCGCGGCAACACCCUCCGUGCCCAUUACGGUGGGUGGAGCAACAAUGGAUAAAAACAGGCAGAUGAGGCGUCGUCGUGUACCAUGGCAGGGCGUUCCAAAUCUUCCCUAUCUAUAUCCAUGCGAUAACACGUCGCAUGCCGAACCAGCUGGGCCGGACUCUUAACCGACCUGAUCUCCUGUGACUUUUCCUGAGACCCGACUGAUCUGGUGCCGCCGGGUCCCCAGAGAGGAUAGCGCGCUUGGUGGCGGCGGAAGGAGAUCCUCUUGGCGGCCGCCAACCGUAAGAAGUCCGUGCCCCAACACUCUCGCAGAGCGGAGAAAACAUGGUGUGGUGGAUCAUCCGGCGCUCGCAACGGCGGCGCCACCCCCUCCCUUUCGUGGUGGAGCAGCGAGCGUCCCUGGUAAACGUGAAGCUGAAGUGGGUGAAGGACCGAACCCUUGACUCGGUGGUUGCCCGCGAGCGGCACCUUCGCCCUGCGCUCCAUCUGCUCGAGCGCAUCUCCCCCGACCCCCGUGGAUGUGUCCCCGCCUACGAGCUCUCCAGGCGCCGCCGCCAGCUCGGCCUCGCUGAUGGGCUUAAGGUAACCGCCUUCCUGCGCCGCUUCCCGGCCCUUUUCCGUGAGUCCUCCGCCCCUGGCCCCGGCAGGCCCGUCUCCUGCUUCACCCUUACCGACGACGCCCUCCGCCUCCGCCGCCUGGAGCUCCAGGUCCUCUGCCAUGCCGAGAUCGACCUCGUCGACCGCCUCCGCCGGCUCCUCAUGCUCACCCCCGGCCGCGCCCUCCCCCUCCAUACCGUAGACCAGCUGAGGUGGGACAUCGGCCUGCAGCCAGACUAUCACCGGAUUCUCGUCCCCCGCUACCCGCACUUCUUCGAUCUCGUCCGCCCCCCCGGCGACGAGCGCAUCUGGCUGAAGCUCGCGUCGUGGGACGGCCGCCUCGCCGUCUCGGAGCUUCAGAGGGCCGCUAGGGAGCGACGCGAGGACGGCGAGUGCCUGGCGUUCCCGGUGAGGUUCACGAGGGGCUAUGGGCUGAAGAAGAAGGGCAUGGCGUGGCUGCAGGAGUGGCAGACGCUGCCCUACACCAGCCCCUACUCCGAUGCCUCGGGCCUCGACCCCCGGACUGACGUCUCCGAGAAGAGGAUCGUGGGAGUCUUCCACGAGCUUCUGCACCUAACCCUCGGGAAGAAGACCGAGCGGAGGAACGUAAGCAACCUGCGGAAGCCGCUGGGCCUGCCCCAGAAGUUCACCAAGGUGUUCGAGCGCCAUCCCGGGAUCUUCUACCUGUCGCAGAAGCUGGGGACACAGACGGUCGUGCUCAGGGAAGCCUAUGGCGGUGGCCGAGACCUUCUCAUAAAGCAUCCCCUUGUUGAAAUCAGAGAGAGAUACAUGGCCAUGAUGAGGGCAGGGAUGCCGGCGAGAGGAAGGAGGGCUCACCAAAAGGAGAUGGAGAUGGUAGGCCCCGGAACUGGUGAUACCCACACGAUGGAUGCAGACAGGGAUGAUGACUCUGGUGGUUACGCUUCUGUGGAAGAGUCCAGUGGAAUCUGUGAUCUUGAUUCUGAUUCAUUUUCAGAAGAUGAUUCCGAUACAUCCGCUGCCAUUGUCAAAAAAACUCUCAAUGUUUGACAGAACGGACGGAUCAUACAAACCUAGUAUGAAUACAUCCAAGAAGAUCAGAAAAUAAAAUGUCACGGAGCGCAAUUAAGAGAGCCGACAAAGUGGUCCACAAAACCACUCUCAAGUGCUCCGCCACAUAGGAGACGACUCAAUCCGCAGCACCAUUCAUCUCGUGAUAGGUGUGCCUGGCUACAAAGGAAGUGCACUCUUUUAAGCUGCUCCAAAUAUCGACCAAAAGCGGAUGGAAGGCUGCCGCCCCUGCCGGGCCCUGGAUCCAACCGACCAUAAUGGCCGAGUCACCCUUAGUUGCUAUGCUGUCAGCCUUCAGGAUCCACCUAGCGUAGAUAAUGCGUGCUCAGGUCCAGACCUUGGAUCACAAAGUCGGCCCCUCCUCUGCAACCAUCGUCAGACACACUACCAUCAAAAUUGACCUUGAGAAAACUUAGAAGUAUGGAUUCUCAUGUAAAGAUAAACUGGAUCGCUGCAAAAGCAGAGUUGGAGUCCCAGGUGUCCUGAGCUGUCGCCGUCACUCCAACAGAGGUAGGAUGAAAAACCUAAGCCGCCUGAAUCAUGGCUCUCUCCAACACAAGCCUGGUCAACUGUCUAAUGCACUUAAAGAUAUAGGCAUUCUUGAAUAGUCAGAUGCGGUAGGCAAUAUAAAAAGCCCUGAUGCCCUAUUGUUUGGACCACACAUUGCUGAUACUGCCUUGCAGAGACUUGAGGAAGGUCAGGGCUGGCAUAGCUGACUGGAGGAAAUCUGUGGGUUGGCUGGUGAGUCUCCACACAUGAAGGACCCUCUGACAAUGGAAAAGAAUAUGAUCUACAGUCUCCACCGCAUCAUCACAAAAAGGGCAGGUCGGAGGGAUGGUCAUCUCUCGGUCCUUCAAUACCCUCUUGGUGGGAAGGCGACCCCAAGCCAUCUUCUAAAUGAAAAGGCUAACCCUGGGGUAAACUUUAAACCUCCAAAUCUACGCCCCAUCUAGCCUCCGAGGCGCGUCUCCCCUAUACAGGUCAUAGAGGUCCUUUACUUUCACCUUCAGACUACAAGAGGAUCUUUAGACACUCAUGUUAGGGCUUCCAUGGGAAGGAAUCAUGAUAGAGAACCCUCUCUCAGCCAGUCGCUCUCCGAAGAGAUAGGCCCAUAGCUCUGUAUUCCACGUCUCCUCUAUUUUUCUUGCUCCACUCAUUUUCAAAUGAUGAUCUGUUACUUCAGCAUGUUGAUAUAAUGAUUGUUGUGCAACAAUAAUAAGUCAUCUGAUAUUUGUAAUCUAUAUAAUCAUUUGUAACCUACGUAAUCAUUUAUAUGAUGAUCUGUCACUUCAGCUUACACAACACAGAUUUUAUUUAAUUGUUUGAAAAAAGAUCUUUGUCUGUUCUGGUGUCCAACUGUUAGCCAUGUUUUGCAAGUUCUAGGUAAAAUUUGGUCCAUAGCACUUAAGUAUCAAUUUUGUAUGCCACCAUAUUAUACACUGGUCUUGCACUCUCUAGCUUCCUUAGAAGGUUAGCUUAUUCUAUUCCCGUGUUGACAUGCACAGUGCACACAUGGGUGACAACCACAUGCAUCACAUAAA